AGCAUAAGAGCCAGGUGGUGCUAAUAAGGGUUUCUUGUUUCCUGCAGCAAUGCAUCUCGGGUAUCCAGCACCAUCAGAAGCCGGAAAUACUAUAAAAUAUGCCACCGUCGGUGGCCUUUCUUAUACAUAUGAAACAAAGUACAAGUUUAUUUUUUGGCAGCCGAAAUAUUUCGAUAAUGAAUCUACAAUAUUUAUCGCAGAGUCCUUUGGCUAUGGAACAAAUUCAGAAAUAUCUCACAGCGAGUCUGUCUACAUUCAAAGCUGGAUAUACGAAGAGAAUGGUGGAUGUCCGACACCUGUCAUUCCUAACGGGUUUGCGGACACGUCGAUCAACGGAACGUCAACGGGGGCACAGGCAAGAGUACGCUGUUACGAGAGGUUUAUGUUGAUACCGAAAAAAGAUUAUUACAUACACGACCAUGAACAGAAUACAAUAACAUGCCAUAAAUUUGGAUACUGGGAGAAUGUUCCAAGUUGUGUACCACAUGACAAGGAAGUGGACGCUGAAUGUAACCCUGCUGUGGAUAAAUGUCGGGAUAAACAUGCUGUUUGUACUCUGAUGUCGACUCUGAAUGUGUAUAAAUGUGCGUGCAACGGAGGGUACAAUAAUGUAAAUGGCCGUUGUAAAGCACAAGGAAAAUACUUACCAAAAGCAGAUUAUGACAGCGACUGGGUACCGAUACGUAGGGGUGGACAUAAUUGGUACCUAGAGCUGGAACAUGGUCUGGGGACAGUACCGAUGUUGGUCGAUGUUCAGGUGGAAGUUUCGGGCUAUGUAUUUCAUGCAAUAGGUUUUCCCCCAGACCAAGGCGAGUACAGCGACCAUAGCAGCGCCGUAGUGUAUAUUUAUGAUGAAAGCUUUAUCAAUGUAUCGUCAUUCCGGACAAGUAACACCUGGAAUGCCAAUCUCAUGUCAACGAGCAACUAUAUGUGGGAUGGAUUUCAAUACCACUGGAAGGAUUACGGUAUGGUGAGGGCACAAGCUUGGAAAUCCGAAUCACUUCCAAUUCCGGAUCUGUUAGACGACUCGAGAGUGCUUCGUGCAAAUAGUUCUACAGCCAGCGACUCUUUUUACGAACUGGAACACAAUCUAGGAGAAUAUCCCGGUCUUGUUGUAGUUCGGGCUAAAAUGCUGCACAAUGGAAGUACCUUCUACGCAGAUGGAGUGGGAUCAGCUCUAAAUGUGUUCUACAACAAGCCCGGCAAGACUAACGCUUUUCUUGUCUAUGGAUUUAGUGGUGAGAGUGUGCGCGCAUGGGUAGACUCAUCGGAAAACGGAGCAAUAUUUGAUGGCAGGAAACACACGAAAUUUGACAUUGUUGUCGGUGAAGCAGUCGUUGAAAUUUAUGCGUGGAAAAUAUCAACCUUAACUCCAUUCUUCACAUAUAUGUUCUCCUUAGAAUACGACAGAUUCCCAAACUCUGUUGAAUUUUCGAUGAAAUUUAGGCUUGGUGAUGCACUCAAUGUAGCUGUGGUGAGAACUUUUACAGGCCAUACUUAUAACAUGAAGCAUUUGAAGUUUUUCAUUAGAACAUAUUUUAACUUGCUAAAAUAUUUUAGCCAAAUAGUAACUAAUUAAGCGGCAUUUAUAACAUCAGUAAGAAGACAAAUAGUAUUUACUUUUUACCAACGUGAUAGUCCGCCAGCUCGGUUCGCGAGGGAGAGCGCAGUUCUACGGUCGUGGGAUCGUGAAUUCGGUCCAAAUUCCAAAGCCAGGCAUAUGUUUUCUGUGGACAGUGUGUCUGGCAUUAUUCGUCCUACACAAAAUAUUUGUGGAGAGAUUGGCAGUUUCUUGCGUAGAACAAGCAAAUUCUGGAACAUAAUACAUGUACACCGGCUGUUUUAAAACUUGGCAAAUAAAAAUGAUAGGGCCGUAUGUUUGACUUUUUGCGCCUAUGGGAAAAUCACAAUUUCGAUAGCAUUUAUGGUAACAGAACCUUUUCUACAAUGUAGAUUUUAAUUAAACUUCUAACAGACGUAAAUAAAUUUAGGGUUUAUAAUAUGGUGAAAUAAAAUGUAUAGGUCCUUGUGCUUAUUUUUGAGAUAUUUGCCCAUGAUCAAAGAGAGCUGAGUUUAGGACUUUAUAUGAUUUUUUUAACGUGUUAAA